AUGGCAACACAUUCAACGAUUUCGGGCGAUGCCUCCCGGGGUCCUGUCUUCUUCUGGCGUGAGUUUGAGGAGCCGUGGGGAUUCAUGUCGCAAUGGUAUGAAGCGUCGUUCGAGGUCGAUGGAGUCAAGUACCUGACCGCGGAGAUGUGGAUGAUGAUUGAGAAGGAGAUAGCUAGGAAGAUGAUGGAGACGACGGUUCCGGCUGAGCAUCAGGCUUUAGGUCGCAAAGCGAAAGGCUUCAAUCGCAAGAAGUGGGACGAGCACAAGAGCCGUAUCGUCGAAGAAGGCAAUUACCACAAAUUCACCAAGUGCAAGGAGAAGCCAGAAAUGCGCAAGAUGCUACUUGCCACUGGCGAUAGAGAGCUCAUUGAGGCAUCACCAACGGAUCGAAUCUGGGGCGUUGGCUUCGGUGCUGCAGACGCCGAGGCCAACCGGGAAGACUGGGGCGAGAACAAAUUGGGCGAGGCUAUGAUGGUUGUACGGGAGAAGCUGAGGAAGGAGUUGUAG